AUGAGUGUAGUAGUCGAGAACAUGGAUGUCCUUAUUCGAAAACGCGGAUCAUUUAAGGCAAAGGUCACUCAUUUUGAAAAAUACGUCGCAAAUUUGGAAAACACGUAUCCAGACAAAAUCGUGUCGGAUCGCGUUACAUUUUUAGACUUGGAAACGCGUUAUGAACGGUUUUCACAGGUUUUUGAUGAAUUUGAGUUAGUGCAAAACGAAAUCGAAGAGUCUAGUGAUCUUGCUUCGGUAAAUUCGCAGUAUGAGGAACGCGAAAAUUUUAAUGAUGCUUAUUUUAGGUUGAUGGCCAAGGCUAAAUCAUUUCUUGCGGAUGAUAGUAUAGAUAACGUGAAAAGUAGUGGUAGGUCCGUUGCGGGUUCGGUAGCCACGCAAAAUACAAAUAUUUCGCAAAAUUUGGUUCAGGAUUUUAAACGAGUUAAACUUCCAACCAUCGAGAUUCGCACUUUCACAGGUGAAUACGGUAAGUGGUUAGAGUUCCGUGAUACCUAUGUAUCGCUAAUUCACGAAAAUGAUGCCUUAUCGGACAUACAAAAAUUUCAUUAUUUAAGAUCAUUUUUGGCGCCUAAAGUGUUGGAAGUUAUCGCGAGUUUAGGGUUUACAGGGACAAAUUAUGAGGCUGCGUGGAACUUAAUUUACGCUCGUUAUAAUAAUAACAAAAUUUUGAUUCAAAAUCAUCUUCGCGGUUUAUUCACGUUAGACAAGAUUCAGGAAGAAUCUCCUUCGGUGCUAAGAGACUUAGCAGAUAAUGUGGAUAAGCAUAUAAGAUCUUUAAAUGCUCUUGGGGAAGACACCACUAAUUGGGACACCUUGUUAAUUUAUCUCGUUUCGUCUAAAUUAGAUUCCAUGUCACUAAAAAAGUGGGAAAGUGCCAAAGGUGAGGCCAAAAAAUCGUUGUUGCCAGAUUUGACUAAAUUUCUUCGAGAUCGAGCCAAUUUUUUGGAAUCGUUAGAGCAGGCAAAGCCUGACAAAAAGUCAAAUUCGAAAUUUAGGGCAGGGAUGGAAUCCAAAUAUAAUAAGCAAGGUAGUUCAAGGUCUUUUGUUGCGACAGGGCAAUCGUGUUGCUAUUGUAAAAAGGAGCAUUUCAUACAAAACUGUCCAGAUUUUGUAAAUUUAAGUGUGAAUGAGAGAAUUCAGGAAGCGAAAAAAUUGCGUUUGUGUUUGAAUUGUUUGAGAGCUGGGCAUGUUUUAAAAGAUUGUCGUUCGAUUGUUUGUAAAAUUUGUAAGUUUCGGCACAACGUGUUGUUGCACAUAAAUCGAGAAAAGGCGGCGGAAACGACCGCUGCUGCCGCUGCUACCAGUUCCUCUACUGCAGAAAAGGAGGAAACUGUGAAUUGUAGCUUCGCUUCGCAUAAAAAUGAUGGUGUUCUUUUGUCAACUGCGGUAGUUAGGGUCUUGGGAAAAAACAAUAAAUGGUUUACAGCACGCGCUUUAUUGGAUCCUGGAUCGCAGAGUAGUUUUUUGUCAAGGUCAUUUGUGGACAAGCUUUCAAUACCUGUAACUAAAGUAAAUAUCAACAUUUGUGGUUUGAACGAAACUGAGUCUGCGGUUUCUGGAAAGGUGAAUGUUAAGGUCCAAUCUCGUAUAAAUGACUUUUCGUUGGAAUUAUCCUGUUUUGUUAUCCCUCUCGUUACAGGGUCGUUGCCCAAUUUCAAGGUCGACAGUCAAAAUUUGAAUAUUCCUGCAAAUGUUUCGUUGGCAGAUCCUACAUUCUGCACAAGUGGUCCUGUUGACAUGCUGAUUGGAGCCGAUUCCUUCUGGGAUUUGUUAUGUGUAGGCCAGAUCAAACUAGGGCCCAAUGGACCAUUUUUGCAGAAAAGCAAACUCGGAUGGAUAGUGUCAGGAAAGGUGGCUCGGCUAAAUAACUUGGAGGGUACAACAGUUUGCAAUUUUGUUAAAACUGAGCAAAUAGAUAGGCAGUUAUCGCGGUUUUGGGAAAUAGAGGAAGGCGUGGUUAGAAAACCACAAUCUGUCGAGGAAAUUGCCUGUGAGAAACAUUUCGUCGAUACGUUUUCUCGAGCGGCCAAUGGAAGUUUCGUUGUUUCAAUGCCUCUCAAGGGCAGCCUAAGCCAGCUCGGCGAAUCGUAUAAUGCAGCCAAAAAGCAAUUUCUAUCCUUGGAACGAAAAUUCGAGCGCGAUCAUGAGUAUCGUGAUUUGUAUCGUGAUUUUGUCAAUGAGUAUCGACGCCUAGGACAUAUGACAAAAGUGUCCGAUCCUAGUGCAUCUCAGUUUUCGUUUUACCUUCCUCACCAUGGUGUUCUGAAGUUGUCCUCGUCUACUACCAAACUUCGAACUGUUUUUAAUGCCAGUGCCAAAACCACCAGUGGUUGCUCGCUAAAUGAUCUUUUGAUGGUUGGCCCAACCAUUCAGUGUGAACUUAUCUCUAUUUUGUUGCGCUUUCGUAAAUUUCAGUACGUUUUGGCGGCUGAUAUUGAGAAAAUGUAUCGUAUGGUGUGGAUCGAUACUAGUCAGCGGUGCCUGUUACGAAUCCUGUGGCGUGACAGUCCAGACGAAGAUAUCGAGGUGUACGAGUUGAACACUGUUACAUAUGGGACUUCAUCGGCGGCUUUUCUCGCCAUUAGGUGCUUGUACCAAUUGGGAAUCGAAUUUGAAGAAGUUUCUCCGUUAGUUGCCAAUACAAUAAAGAAUCAUUUUUAUGUCGAUGAUGUGCUAACUGGUGGGGAUACUAUUGAAGAUACCCUGAGUUUAGCUAACGAACUUUGUAAAGUUCUAAAAGGUGGUGGUUUUCUUCUUCGCAAGUGGGUGUCAAACGAACCCUCUAUACUCAAGGAAAUCGAAUCUGCAGAUAACAAUGGAGUAGUUGAUAUUGGUUGUAUGGAGAACAACAAAACAUUAGGUAUGCUUUGGAACGGCGAAGGAGAUCAUUUUUUCUUUUCGAUUGGAAAUCAGUCAAGUUCCAAGGUCACCAAAAGAAUCGUAUUGUCAGAAAUCUCCCAAAUUUUCGACCCUCUUGGUCUCCUUAGUUGUUGCGUAAUCUUGGUAAAGUCAUUUGUAAGAAUGCAAAAGUUGUAG